GGAAAGGCAAAAAAGCAUCUGAGAAGGGAGAAAGGAGACGGGAGUCUGAGAAUGAAAUUCAUCCAGGCUAUUUGCUUGCUGCUUCUCUUUCCAGCUUUGAGCAUCAACACCAGACAAAGCUAUGAUGGGCUGGAGAAGAAGCUGAAGGAAGUCUUCAGUGAAAGAAGCAGCAUCCUGCACCAGCUCUCCAAGACUUCAAAGGAGCUGGACAGCAUAAAAGGCAAUCUUCAGUCGCUGAAAAACGAUGACUCAGUGGCCAAGAAGGAUGUGCAGAGGAUUCUGGAGCUCAGCCACAAACAGAGAGAGGAGAUGAAGUCCCUCCAGGCAGCCUUGCAGAAGCAGCUGGAUGAGGCAAAUGAAAGAGCAGAGAAGCAGCAAGCCACGAUCAAGUUUCUCAAAGUGGAGAUGGAGAAGAAGACAAAGAUCAUCAAGGAUUUGCAGCAAGAGAACAAGAGCUUGAAAAAUAAGCUGCUCUCGGGACACAAACUCUGUGAUGCCUAUGCUGAAGAGUCCAAAAAAAUCCAGGCUCAACUGAAAGAACUGCGGUACGGGAAAAAGGAUUUAAUUUUUAAGGGGCAGCAGCUUAUGGACCUGGAGCACAAGUUAACUGUCGCCAAGGAAGAGCUGGAGAAGACGGCACUGGAUAAAGAGUCUCAGCUGAAGGCGCUGAAGGACACAGUUCACAUCUGCUUCUCAGCUGUCCUGCACAACCAGCCCAGCAGCAGUCACAGAUUUCCCACCUCCCCCACCCACUUGUUCAGAUACUCAUCACUCAUCAACAGCUCCAGAGUCACCUUUCAGCAGCCACAUGCCAAGGAUAUCUCCAAAGUGCAGAGAAUUGUCACAGCCACUAAAUCACCCGUGAACAUCGGAGUAAUGAGGAGAGAGAGCGGUGCCGUUAAAGAGUGCCAGAUGGAAAAGGCCGGGGGCGACUGCUUUCAGAAUCAGGAGGAAUCAACCCCGGAGAGAAAAAAGCAACCAGAGCCAGAAGAGCAAAGGAUCCAGAAUCAGACUGCAGAACUCGACACAAAGCACUCAGACGACAGCAAGGAGGCAGCGGGAGGCGGCAGCAGAAAGACAAAGCCGAACAAACACGACUGAGAGGACGGCGGAGCAUCCAAAAUGCAGAGCCCCUGCAUCGCCUGGAGGAUCUUUUCGAAGAGCACACACUGGCGCACUCUCACAAAAACAUAUGUGCGCUUGACACACACACACACCUACACAUCAACACACACACGGCUACACACUAGGGCUGUCACUUUUUAGUUGAAAUUCAAGCAUUCAUUCGAACCUGAGGGUGAAAGUUCAUAUUCCAGCUGAAAGUCAAAAUACACCCUCUAUCAGUGCACCAUGCAGUCGAAAGUAGUUUACCAUUCGACCCAGCAGAGGGCGCCCUCAGAGAAACUUGUCCGUUGCUUACCCUCUUAAUUAAGAAUAAUGCUAUUUUACAACGGAGGGCCUUAGCAAGCGGGGCAACGAACGGACAGUUACAACACAUGUCAAAGCACUUUGUAAACCCAUGUUUUUAAAAGUGCUAUAUAAAUAAAGUUAUUAUUAUUAUUAUUAUUAUUAUUAUUGUUAUUAACGAAACAUCUUAAAACGGUGUAUGGAAAUAUUUUGGAUUCUACAGGCAGGAUUCUGGCCUAUUUGAAAACAUGCUACUGUGAGCAGAACAGCGAUGGAUGCUUCUCAAUAAAGCGGCUUUCUUGGACCCUUGGUUUCCUCGCCUAGUCCAUCUUUCACCUAAGCCGAGGAAUCUAGUCUGUGAUAGCUUAUCACACAAAAUGGAGGACAAUUAGAGAGAAAAUGACUCUAAAGAAGAAGAGAAGGCAGCUGCGUUGGGUGCGAUGGGUUCUCUGUUUGGGACAACUGAGGAGAUUCAUGAGGGAGACCCCUCUCACUGCCGACUGCAACCCACUGCUUAGGUGGAGCGACACCCGCAGCUCUCAGAGCUGGCUCGUAAAUAUCUGCGUACCAGGAACCUCUGUGCGCUUUGAGCGUGUUUUCUUUAGCGGGUAAUAUUGUAAAUAAAAAGAGAGCAGCAGAUUUAAUUGACAGGCUUGUCUUCUUAGUAAAUAAUCUAAAAAAUAACUACUACCAUUCUAGAUGCCACCAAGGUGAAAGUUUAAUGCAGGGGUGUCAAACUCAAUCACAGCAGGGGUCGAAAUCUGAAAUAAGGUUUAACCUGAGGGCCUAACAGAGUCAAGAUUUAGCCAAAAACUGUCAAUUGUGUUUUCACAGGUAAUGAAUUUUAGGGAAAAUUAAACAGUGAUAAUACAUGAUUAAGAUUUCUACAAAGGAAAAAAAAAAAGUCAAAAUGAUUAAA